GAAAUUUUUAAGGAAGAGAGCAAGCAACCUCUCCUGCGUGAGGAGCGCUCUCGGAGAAUUUUUUAAGGAUGAGAGUGAGUGUAGCACGGAGAACUCAACACGGAAAAUAAUCAAAAGAUCCAACUGGGUUGAGAUAGAUAAGUAUGAACGUAAUGAACUUAUUAAUUGCUGCAGUCGGAACGUUUGUUCAUUUGCUCACGAAAUGUUUUGGCAGUUAUUUCUACUAGCUCUGUCGACCCUUGUCGAAUUGCCAAGGUUUACCGAAUCUACGAAGAUGGAAGUGGAGCUGGAUCGUUUCGAGCAAACCAUAGGGUUCCAGCUAAUCAACGCCAGCUCAGUUCGGGUUCGGAAGUUUAACCGGACCGUAUACGUGCUCGACGGAACAGCCGAGGUGUUCCAGGACCUGGGAGACGAUUACGAUGUUCAACUCCGGGCAGCUUACAGUACCAUGGGAAACCAACAGUUCAACGAGUACCCUAUGAAAAUCGGCCGGCAGGGCAUGUGCAAGGGAUUGAACGGGCCAUAUAAGGAGUAUCAAUCGCUGUUUCUCAACUGGACCAACUUGCCAGCCAUCGGGAAUGAUUGGUAUUGUCCGUUAAAAAAAAUGAUCAUUGAGGUGAGGAACUGGGCGCCGAAAGCUAGUUGGGUUCCUGAUGUGGUGCCAGUGGGUUAUUGGAAGAUAACGUGUGACAUCUUUGGCCCCAACAAAGAGCUGGCCUAUCAGGUGUCCGCCUAUAUGAGAAUUAAACCAAAAAUGUUCUAAAUGGAGCCUGUAUUGUUAUUGGAAGGUUAAAAAUUAUGCUACU